UCUGAAUGUCUGGUUUCGGUGCCGAAUGCCAGAAAUAACGUUCAUAUUUUGUUCUCCCAAAAAGGAAGGCCUUUGAUACCUGAAUCUGAUCUCAUCUCCUGUCUUGAGAGAAAAGGGGAGGCCUUGUCCGGGGACACUGACAGCAGGGACCAUGUGGAUGAAAACAAGGAGAUGGUAUGUGAAGCUCCCGAGGAAAGUGACAAGUGACCAGGCAUGGAGGAGGAUGUUGGGAAUCAAGGUGGCAUGAACAAGCUGGAGCAAAACGCAAGAACUAAGGAAGAAAUCUGUUGCUUGUAUGGGUGGUGACUUCCGUGUUAGUCCAGUGCAACAAAAGGCAUCCGGUGGUUGGAGGAAAAUUUGCUCAUAAAUCUAUCAUGGAUGAUCACUGGGCCAGUGAUGGAGCACAGAAGCGAUAUAAAUGCCUGGAGUGUGGAAAGAGCUUCAGUCAGAGCAGGGUACUCAUCUCCCAUCAGAGAACUCACACAGGGGAGAAACCCUUCGACUGCCUGGAGUGUGGGAAGGCAUUUAGUCAGAAGGGGGCACUUACUGUCCACCAAAGAAUUCACUCAGGAGAGAAACCAUUCAAAUGCAUGGAAUGUGGAAGGAGGUUUUGCCAGAGCGGUGCCCUUCAAGUACAUCAAAGAAUUCAUACAGGGGAAAAACCGUUUCACUGCCUGGAGUGUGGGAAGAGCUUCAGUCAGGCCUCUCUCUUAAAUUCCCAUCGAAUAAGUCACACAGGGGAGAAACCAUAUAAAUGCCUGGAGUGUGGGAAAAGCUUCAGUCAGGGCUGUCUCCUCCAGUCCCAUCAAAGAACACAUACGGAUGAAAAACCCUAUGAAUGCCUGCAAUGUGGAAGAGGCUUCAGAUAUAAAUCUGCUCUUCUUUCCCACCAAAGAAUCCACACAGGGGAGAAACCAUUUAAAUGCCUGGAGUGUGGAAGAAGCUUCAACCGGAAGUAUGACCUUACUUUGCAUCAUGUAAUCCACACAGGGGAGAAACCAUUUGAAUGUUUGCAGUGUGGAAAGAGCUAUAGUCACAAGAGAAGCCUUACCAGUCAUCUGAUAAUUCAUGCAGAGGAGGACCCAUUUAAAUGCCUCGAGUGUGGGGAGAGCUUUAGACAGAAGUAUGCCCUGGUUUCCCAUCAGAUAAUUCACACAGGACAGAAACCAUUCGAAUGUUCACACUGUGGCAAGAGCUUCAUUCACAGGCAAAGCUUUACUAACCAUCAGAGAAUUCACACAGGAGAGAAACCAUUUAAAUGCCUGCAGUGUGAAAAGCGGUUCAGGAGGAAGGACAGCCUUAUUUCACAUCAGAGAAAUCACACCGGAAUAAAACCAUUUCAGUGUUUGCAGUGUGGCAAAAGCUAUCGUCAGAAGAGAAGCCUUACCAGUCACCAGAGAAUUCAUACGGGAGAGAAACCAUUUAAAUGUCUGGAGUGUGGAGAGACUUUUAGACGGAAGCAUGAUCUUGCUUCACAUCAGAGAAUUCACACAGGAGAGAAACCAUUUGAAUGUUUGCAGUGUGGAAAGUCUUUCAAUCGCAGGGAAAGCCUUACUAGUCAUCAGGGAACUCACACAGCAGAGAAACCAUUUACAUGUCUGCAGUGUGGGAAGAGUUUCAGGCAGAAGGGUGCCCUUAAAGCACAUGAAAUAAUUCAUGUUGGAGAAAAAUUAUACAAAUGCCUACAAUGUGGCAAGAGGUUCAGGCGCAAGUAUGCCCUUGACUCUCACCAAAGCAUUCACACAGGAGAGAAACCAUAUCAGUGCUUGGAGUGUGGAAAGAGCUUCAGUCUGAAACCAUCUCUCAGAUUACAUCAAACCAUUCACACAGGGGAAAGACCAUAUAAAUGCUCUGAAUGUGGAAAGAGUUUCAGUCGGAAGGCAUACCUUGCCUUGCAUCAAAAAACUCAUACAGGGGAGAAACCAUACAAAUGCUUGGAGUGUGGAAAGAGCUUCAGUCGAAAACCGUAUCUUAAAUUUCAUAAAAGAACUCACACAGCAGAGAAACCAUAUAAGUGUUUGGUAUGUGGGAAGAGCUUCAGACGAAAGGCAUACUUUUCUUUACAUCAAAGAAUUCACACAGGGGACAAACCAUUUAAAUGCUUGGAGUGUGGAAAGAGCUUCAGUCGAAGGGAAUACCUUGUGUCUCAUCAAAGAACUCACAGAGAGACCUCUUCAGAAGAGGAGGAGUCUGAUUCUGCAGAAGAGCCACUUCCUACAGUGGGGCUGGAGCAACCCGAGGGAUCCUCUGGCAGCAGUGCCUUGCCUGGGGUUCCCAGCAAACCAUCGAACACCUUGCUGAGCCCAGCUGUGACUCCAGACUCCCUUUCCACCGCCAAUGGCUCCGGACAGCAGCAGUGGCAGUGUAUCAGGUGGGACACUGAGAGCCAUGAUGGAGAAGCCCUCCUGAUUCCCCGAAUACCCUUUCGCCCACAGCAUACGCAUGAGUAAGGGGUCACUCAGGAAAAGGGUCUACUUAGAAGGAAGGGUCAGAUGCAACUGCUCAAGUAGUUUUAGGAUCAAGUUUUAGGUGUGUUGAGUAGAAGCAGAUCCUAAGGCAGAAUCCACAUCUGACUUCACAUCAACGAAGUGUCAUGGUAGAAAUGUUUUUGAUGCUUAGGUUUAAAUGGAAUGGGUUGGUUACAUCACAGCAAUCUUACUUCUGAGGGAGAAUCAGUACAAAGGCUUAUAGUGUUGUGAACUCUGUUCUCAUGGAAUGGGCCCUAAUCAACACCUGAGGAUUCCCAGUGGGGAAAAGCCAAAAAUGUUCUGUUUGCCAUAGGAUACUUUACAAUAAACACAGCUGUUUUGAUGCAUGGGGAUGUGUCUCUCACACAGAGAGAUUGUUACACCUGCUUUAGUGAGCAGAAAUCCUACUUUAGAUGAAACAGUCUGAGUGGAAAACUAAUAGUUUCAAAACAUAGGAUAUAAUGGGAGGGGGUUUUGUGUAAAUGAAUGGACUCUGGAGAGGGUGUCAGAAAGAAAAUGAAGUAAUAGAAUGUGGAAGGAAAACACACUUUUCCCCAGAAGGAGUGGAGUUGAACAUAACUCAGAGGUUGCAGAUAAUGCUAAGCUACCCUUGAUGCUGGAGGAAUCCAUUCUGUGGGUGGAGAUCUGCUGGAUUUCCUGGUCUUGGCUCCCUGGACCUUGGCCUGCGUUCUCUCUGUGCUAAGUCCAUCUUGCUUGGAGAGUUUGCAUGUGUAUCCAGCAGGAAGCAAGUUCCCCCCUGCCUGUGCAUAGAUUGGGCAACUGACGUUCCACUUCCAGACAUGCACAUGGUGGGCGUGGCGUGAGCAGAGCCGGCUGGAGCCAGGGGUCAGACUAGAUGGCCCGGGAGACCCCUCCUGACUCGCUCUGUUUCUAUGUGACUUGCAGGCUUUGUAUACUUUGUGCAAGGAAGCUCAGCUUGUGUCCCUGAGUGUUUGCAGACUUGAUCUUGGCCCAGCUCACUUCCUGGCCAGGGCCAAGAGUGGGAAUGGAAUCCAGCAUGUGCGAGAGAGACGGAUUCUGCAUGGAUCUUUGCCUCACUACCCUGGGAUAUAUUUGCCAACAUUCAGUAUUCCCAAGAAAAUAUUGGGCAGAGGGUGACUAGGCAUGGUUGCGUUUUCCUUUGGGCCUCCUUCCCACGCUCUGCAUGUAUCCCAGUGUCCCUUGUUUCCACAUCCUGGCCCUGCCCUGCUCCAAGUGGCACUGCUUUUGGGGCACUGAAUUCACGGCCUUUUCUCUGGAACUUUUGGAGCCCUUCUCAAUUAACUGUGGUGGCUGUCCUGAGCUUUGAGGACAUAAAAACCCAGUUGGUUACUGAGAACCCCUGGUCAUUUUAGUGAAGCUGAAAUAAUAAAUGCUGUCUGAAGUAUGACUGUA